UCUCAAGAAACAGUUUGUGGAAAUUGCGGUGAUGUUGGUGUUCAAGAAGCAAUUAUUACCUGCUGUCGGUGUAAAAAUGUUCAUGUCCAUCAGUAUUGUGUGCUAGCCUAUUCUGAAAAUGCCCCAAAUGAUUGGUGCUGUGAAGAAUGUGAUAUUGACAAGGAAAAAAAAGUGUAUUCAUCACCUGGACCCGAAAAUAAGUUAUCUGAGGGAUCCAAGGUACAUACCGCUGCAAAGAUUGGUCACAGCACUGAGCUACCCAAGAAACCAAGAAAGUUUCCCAGUGGGCAUUGUAUUAACUGGGAAAAGGAGGUACAGACUGGGAAAACGAGAUAUCUGUCUGUUGAAGAAGCACUUGGCCUAUCAUCAGGCAUCAAGACAUAUGGAUCUCUGCUGAAAAUUACUGGCUCCUCAGGACCUGUAUCCGCCAAAUCCAUGGCAACUCUGUCUGGGAGGAAUUUUAACAAGCCUAGAGCUCAAAUUCCAAAUUCUUUUCCUGAGAAGAGUACAGUGCAGCGUUCUUUAGGUGCAGCAGGAUGUUUGAAACCUCAGAAUCCUCAAAAAGCCAAAAUCACUGAAAUGACCAAGAAACCAGGUCAAUCAUCUAAAGGUUGUGGUGGUUCUGCCAUUCUGGAGCUUAGGAGCCCGGAUGCUGUGAAUGCGAGUCGAAUGAUGAUUCCACCGAAGACACACCCUUGUGAUCCAGCUGGAGUUCCUUCCUGGAAGGGAAGUUUUGUCAUCUUUGGUGAUCUUAAACCUGAGAUGCCCAAAGAUCUGAUCCAGGCUUAUCCUCCUUCAAGAGUUAGACGUAAGGUGUAUGAGUUCUCGAGGCUAUUGCCUGAUACUCUUCAAUUUGAACUAGUUCCACGUGGACAUAUCUGGUCAAGUUUAUUCCACAAUCGUUAUCCGGGUAAAGAAGACAUAGGAUUGUAUUUCUUUGCAAGUGAGAGAGAAAGGUCUGAGAAAUAUAUUGCUCUGGUGGAGUUCAUGCAUGUCAAAGAUUUGGUGAUGAGAGCGUUCAGAAAUGAUGUUGAGCUGCUUGUACUUGCAUCCACAACCCUGUGCAGUGAUUCUCGACGAUUCAACAGCGAGCACUUUCUGUGGGGAUUAUUUCACCACGUGAGGCAAGAUAAAGUUGGAUGUGCUGAAGGGGGCAGCAACGAAGUGAGUGAUAUGGGGAUAGACAUGAUAGGUGGGGAAGUUGUCUGUACAUCCAAUGAGGUUGACAUGGAGAUAGACAUGAUAGCUGGAGAAAAUGUAGGUAGGGUGGAUAUUUGUGUCUCGAAGACUACUUUCGGAGAUGGCUUUGAUAGCUCUUUAAAAGAAGCCAAUGAGGAUGACAUGGAGAUAGACAUGGUAGCUGGAGAAAAUAUAGGUAGGGUAGACAUUUGUGUCCCGAAGAUUACUUCCAAAAAUGGCUGUGAUAGCUCUUUUAAAGAAACUGUUAGUGCUGCUAUCUGCAAUUGGUCUGAAUCAGUUACUCUUGUUUCAAGAACCUCAAAGGGUGGUAAGGAACUUCCUCGUGUAGAUGUUAAAAGGGAACCUGUUGAUGACUUUCCUCCAGGUUUUGUUCCACGUUUAACUCCUACAAACUGAGCUGCUUCACCUGCAAGUAAAAUCAUGGUCGCUGCCACCUUGUGAAUAUCAGUUUAGUUUCUAUCAAGUGCAUUAGGUAUAUUGGACUCGCUACCACGAAAGUUCCAAACAAUGUGGGCUUAGUUAAGAUGUUUGUGGCUGACAAUUAAAUGUAAAAUUGUUGUAAAUAUUUCUGUUGUCACUUACUCUUAUUUGACAAAUCGGUACAUCUCGACUCACUUUCAUUUAUGAGAUCAGCAUAGGAUAUUUACGUUGUCCAGAUUUCUUUUCUGUGGCAGUGUGACCAACUGAAAGACUGAAGGAAAAGAGAAAAUGGUGUACGAAGGCGUUUAAGGGUUUAACUUUGCAAUCAUCAUUCUUUUA